AUGGCCUCGAUCCCCCCAACAAUGAAAGCCAUCCUUGUGCCCAAAAUCGGCGGGGCUGACGUGCUCCAAUACACCGAGUCCCAACCCGUCCCUACACUCUCUGACGGCCAGGUGCUGGUCAAAAACGCCUUCGCUGGCGUCAACUUCAUUGACACAUACUUCCGUUCGGGCCUAUACCCAGCGCCGUCCAUGCCGAUGAUCAUUGGGCAAGAAGCGUCUGGCACGAUCGCGAAGAUCCAAGGCUCCAACCCACUCGGCUUCAAGGAAGGCGACCGCGUUGUUUGGAUCGGCCGCGGCGGCUAUGCAGAGUAUACUGCAGUCCCCGCCGACCGAAUUAUCAAGAUCCCUUCGGCCGUGUCUGAUAAGGACGCAGUCGGGGGGUUCCUUAUGGGCAUGACGGCGCUGAGUCUAAUCAAGGAAGCAUACCCCGUGAAGAAAGGUGAGACCGUGCUCGUGCACGCGGCUGCCGGCGGUAUGGGCUUGAUUCUAUGCCAGAUGUUGCGAAAUAUGGGGGUUACGGUCAUCGGCACGGCGGGCGGGCCUGAGAAGUGUGCGCUCGCGAAGCAAAAUGGCGCCACGCAUGUUAUCGACUACAAGGCCACGGCCGGGCAGAGCUGGGUCGAGCAGGUCAUGAGCCUCACAGGCGGACAGGGCGUGGACUGCACGUUCGAUGGCGUCGGAAAAGAUACGUACGAAGGUAGUCUCGAGGUUGCGAAGCGGAAGAGCAAGGUUGUAUAUUUUGGAAAUGCAAGCGGCGCCAUCCCGCCCUUCAACAUUGCCCGACUCACCGCGAAGAACGUCUCCAUCAUGCGCUCAACGCUGAUGCAAUAUAUUGUUACACGCGAGGAACUCGAGGUCUACGCCAACGGUGUACUGGAUAUGAUAAAAGACGGUAACUUGAAAAUCAAGAUCCACAAGGUCUACCCUCUCAGGGAUGCUGUGGAAGCACAUAAGGAUCUUGAGGGCAGAGGGACAACGGGCAAGUUAUUGUUGGCAUGUUAA